AUGGAAGGAGACGCUGCGACGCAGCAGAAUGCUUUCAUCCGGUUCCUGAUUGCGGUCAAGACCUUCUUUUGGGAGGUGUGGUUUGAGCCGCUUUUGACCACGCUCGGCAUCUACGAACCGCCGGACCGGACCUAUGGCCGGUGGGCGAUUCCGUUCAGCAAGAUGGAGGAGCGUCUGCACAACAACCCGGAUGUCACCUGCUCGUUCCACAAGACGAUGAUGCCGAACGGAAAGGACUUUGUGUGGUACCAGGUUUGGGAAGACAAGCUGGCCAUGCGCGCGACAGGUCGCGAGGCUGACAUGGUUUUCUGCCACGGUACUGGUGUGCACUCCGGUACGCUUGCAAGCCACUCGCGUCGCUACCUGGAUGCCGGCUACCGUCUAAUUGUGCCCGACCUUCCUUCGCACGGUUACUCCACUGGUAUGCAUGUUUACCAGCGCUACAUGAUGGGCUAUGUCUCUGGUGUGCACCAGGUGAUUCACGACGUGGCGCGCCGCGACGCUGAGGCGACCGGUGUGCGCCCGACGAAGGAGAACCGCCGCAAGACCUUCCUUCUCGGCCUUUCCUUUGGUGGUCUUGUUGCCAUUCUCUACCCGCUGUACUACCCUACCUCGCUCCGUGAGGACAACUCGGACCCGAAUGAAAUUCCUGUGGACGGUGUGAUUGGUGUUGGUCCUAUUCUUGGCUGGUCGAAGAAGGAUGUCAAGAUCGGGCCGGGACUGCGUCUCUUGUCCUCGUUCAUUGAACUAAUUAAAGCGCAGCGCAUGGAGCUCUUUGUGCCCCACAAGAAGGUGGUCGACAAGGAUCCCAAAGUAUACAAGCAGCUGAUCGAUUCCGACAUGCGCAGCCACCGCGGUGCGUUCCGCGUGGGCCACCUUCUCUGUCUGCGUGACGCGAUUCUUGACACGGAGAAGAUGGCACCGCAGCUCAAGACGCCCAUCUUUAUCCAGCACGGUGCACAGGACCGCGUGGUGCUUCCCGAGACCUCGGUCAAGUUCCUGCGCGACGUGAGCUCGACGGACGUCAAGCUGACGAUCUACCCUGUCUGCCAGCAUGUCAUCUACCGCAAGGCUAAGACCGAGACCGAGGACAAGGCCGGUCGUAUUGCAGUCUUGGAGGACAACGUCGAGUGGAUGAACGAGCGCUGCCCUGGUCACGGCCACAUUGACCGUGGUGUGUCGUUCUCGUCGGACAUCUCGGACGGCGACAUGAAACCCCCGCCUAUGAACCGUAUGGCUUCGUUUUCUACGUUCUCGGGCCCUGGCACGCCUGGUAGCGGUGUCACGCCCAGCGAGUCGCUUCCUGAAACGCCUGGUGCGGAUAAGGGUCACGGCGUGGUGACCGACACGCUCCAUUCGCUUACGAGCCAAAUCGACACGGCGAUCGAGACCGCUGCUACAGCUAGCGCGGUUCCCCGUGUGGACCAGGAGCUUACCAACCGCGGUGCCCGUCUCAGCGGCCCCAAGGUGCAGCACCCCAUCGCCAAGGAGGACGUGCGGAAGGGCGCUAAUGACGACUGGACCGAGAAGCGCGUCUACCGUGAGGAGUGGGAUCUGCCGGACGACCUCCGUCCGUACGACAUUCUCAUCUAA